AUGUAUCGUUCUGUGGCCCUUAUUCUGGCGGUCUGCGGCAUAACCAAUGCCCUUGGCUGCAAAUGUUCUCCUUCUGAUGCGUGCUGGCCGGCAGACAGUAAUUGGGCCUCUCUUAAUCACACUGUGCGCGGAAGGUUGAUUCGAACUGUCCCGGCAGCAGCCGUCUGCUACCCCAAUGAGCCCAACUAUAAUCCAUCAGAGUGCACAACGGUACUGGCCAACUGGACCAAAUCGAGCUUCCACUCAGCAGAUCCGGUCAGCGUCGAUGAUCCGGUCUGGUCCCACAACAGCUGCAACCCGAUCUAUCCGAAUGGAACAAGCAUCACGGGCAACGUGCAUGCAGGCCUGCAGGGCUGCACCAUUGGCAACUACCCGGUCUAUGUCAUCAAUGCCACUGAAGCCGAACACAUUCAGGCUGGGAUUCUAUUCGCGAAGCAGUGGAAUCUGCGACUGAACAUCAAAAACACUGGCCACGGGUCCGAUCGCAGCAUCAAUCAAGGAAGCUUGUCGAUUUGGACCCAUCAUAUGAAGGAAAUUCAGUUCCAUGAAAACUUCCAGCUUCACCAGUGCAGGAAGCUCGAGUCAGGGGGAAAUAUUACCACAAUGGCUGCGACUCUCGGUGCAGGAGUGCAGGACGGAGAGAUGUUUGCAGCACUUGCCAAGCACAAUGCCAUGGCCGUUGGCGGGACAAACAUGGACGUUGGCGUUGUGGGAUGGGCAACCGGUGGUGGCCACGGGCUGGCCACGGGCAUGUACGGGAUGGGCGCAGAUAACAUCAUCGAAGCCAAGAUUGUCACGCCGGCAGGAAAUAUUGUCACCGCAAACGCCUGCCAACAUGAGGAUCUCUUCUGGGCCAUCCGGGGCGGGGGCGGCGGCACUUAUGGGGUGAUUGUCUCGGUGACCGUCCAAGCUCACCCCAUGCCCAUGCUAACUAUGAUCAAACUCAUGCUAUCUGCCAGGAAUAGAACUACCGAGCAUGAGUGGUACCGACUCGUUGCUAAGGCCCACCGCUAUUUGGCCGACCUCCAAGACAACGGAAUCCACGGCUACUACACCCUAAGCAGCUCUCCACUGGCAAUGGACGGUGCACUGCUGUUGUACAAUGCGAAGAACGGAACCGCGGACAAGCUUCUCCGUCCCUUUCAGAACUUCUUGAAGAACCAUGAAACUAUCGUCACCGCUGCAGUGGAGCCCAUUAAUACCUUGCCGUUGUACGACAUUGUGCAAACCAUGCCAUCCAUUGAGUCUGUCGGCAAGACGGAAGUGGCCAAGGCGUCCCGGUUCAUUCCACAACGGGCGUUCGAAGAAAAUGUUGAACGUCUUGCUGACACCUUGGAGCUCAUCAUGUCUCGGCAGGAUUCUCCCGAUGGCGUAUCCUCUCCCUCUAUCUCUGGCACUAUGACCGGGAGUAAGGUCGCCGUCGAUAAUGCCUUGAACCCAGCCUGGAGGGAUUCAGUGGUGCACCUAAUCGUCUCCCAAAGAUGGAAUGAAUCUCUCCCAAUGGCCCUGCGUGAACAGGCCGUGCAUAACAUGACGUAUGGAAAGGGGUAUGCCCUUCGGCAGCUGGCUCCUGACACGGGUUGCUACGUCAAUGAGGUAAAGCACACUCUGACCAAGGCCAACCCAUUCGAACCAAACUGGCAAUGGUCGCUUUUUGGGUCUCACUACCCCAGACUUCGUGCAAUCAAGAGCAGCUAUGAUCCCGAGGGUCUGCUUUGGUGUCGUCACUGUGUUGGUAGUGAGGCGUGGGCCGAGAAGGACGGAAGACUGUGCCCUGUGUUCUGA